CAGCUGUCCUUAUGUUCUGUCAAACAAAAUGUAAGAAAAAUAUUUUUAUUUAUCCAAAAUAUAAGCAAAAAUCUAAAAUGGAGAGGAAAACUAAACCCAAAAACCCGUCGAAAAAAAUCGACAUACGAAAAUUAAGCCCGGCGUCAGUGCUGUGCCCCAUUUGCCGAACAAUUUUGGUGGAACCCGUGUCCCUGCCCUGUGAACAUGCAUUUUGCAAGGUUUGUUUUGAGGGGUCAAUGCAAAAUACUAACUUGGUCUGUCCUCUAUGCAGACUUAGAGUGGCCUCAUGGCUUAGAAAGUCAGGUAAAGACGGCAAUUUAGUUAACAAAGCUUUUUGGCAAGCUAUUCAAGAUCAGUUUCCUACAGAAGUGCAAAACAAACUAGCCGGGAUUGAUAAUGAGAUUGAAGAAGCAGACAAACCAAGAAUAAUUGUAGCAAGCCCAGGCGAAAUACGCAAAGAGUAUGAAAAAGAAAGGCAAAUAUUAUUGGAAGAACAACGUAAAAUAAGGGAAGAUGAAGAAAAGGCUAGUGCCACCCUUAUUCAAAAGUUACAAGAGGAAGAAGAAUUUAAAGUACAAGUGGAAGAAGAAAAAAUAAAGUCGGACAUGCUUCUCGCCCGUAAAUUAUCCGUCGAAUUAAAUUCCCCCUCUACAUCAAAAAUCACUCCGCGUAAGCGCAAAGGACCCGAUCUAGGCCCGAUGGACCGCUACCUACUUGCCAAUCAAAUACCGAGCCCAAAACAUAAACCGGUCAUAAAAAAACCCAUUGAAUCAAACAAAAUUAUUAUUUUAAACCCAAAAAAGAGAACCCAAACUUCUACCGUCACAUCUGACAGAACCUGUAAGAGACAAAAACGUGAUACAAUAAGUCCGGUACUCAGUAAGAACUAUUUUGGAAAACAGUACACUUGUCAAGUGUUUUCUGUCGAACAAAACCCUGUUAGAACCAGCUUAUCGACGAAUAUCUUUGCCGAUUUGGAUGUUAAAGGAAUCUUGGGAAAUUUGGGUCAGAAACCGACAAAACUAAUUGAACAAGAACGGAGGAAGGACGUCUGUCUGAGCGGCUACAGGAGUACAGAGAGUAACAGCGACGUUAUAGAUCAAGAGUGCAAGUUCUAUUUUAAACCAAUAGAGGUGCACAGAAAGCACCACGUGGGGGGAAGGAUUCCCGUUAAAGUGCCUGGCGUUAAGGGACAGUCUAAUAGGAAUCCUACUGUUUUAAGGCCUCGAACAAAAAAAAUGGCCUCCUUGGGCAGUACCGCAUCGGCAUUCGUGAAAUUUUCGCGCAUGUCCCUUCCCCACAGUUAUGCAGGUUCCAACACUCUUAUAGAAGCUGAAGAUGAUGUAACAAUCAACGUGCCAUAUAUAAAUAAAGAUACUACACCCAAAAAGGCAUUACCAUAUGGAGAAUUGAAUAAGACCAGUUCAAGAUUAGUAGUGAAAUCUCCGUUUUACGGUUUUGAUACGUUACAGAUUGCAGAGUCGAUUAAGACGCGUGAAGUUAUGGAUAAAAUUAUUAAAAACUUGCGCUCGGUUCCAUUUACUACCACCGUUUCGAGCUUGAAAGUUGGACAAAUAAUCGAGAAACAAAUUGUCGAAUUGCAAAGGAGCAUUGAAAGACGUGAGGUCCGAAAGAAACGGGAAAACAGAGAUAUUAAUAGAAAUUUAUCUGAAGUUGAUUGUGGCACCUUUGGAAACAAACAGAAUGCGGAUGAGAAAAUCCCGGUAAGUUAUAACAGAAAUUCAAUAGACGUUAAUUCAGGUAAUCUAAAGGACCCAACACGCCAAUCUCUUAAAUUAAAUGGCCUAAACAAAAACGUAGCUAGUCCUGACCUGCUCGGUGAUCAUUUAAUAACCUUAAACCAAGUGGGUGUUGGACAAAAUGGUACAAAAAUAGAUCAACUAUUAAAUAGCAAUUCAGUCGAAAUCCUUGUUAAUAAGAGCAAGCCUACAAUGUUACAGAAUUGUUACCAAGUGCAGUCAAAUAUAACAACUGAGAAUCUAAAUAACAAAAUAAUAAAGGGAAAUCAAGAUUUAGUAGAGCAAAAAUCAAACCGUGACAUGCUGAGCAAGGAUCCUUUAGAUGUGGAUUUCGAUACUAUUCUAUCUGGCAAUAGUCUACUGUUGGAAACUUCUGAAGAUCUUACGAGUACAAAAGGCCCGAAGAGCGAACUAAAAAUAGGCACAGACGUUUUUGACAGCAGCUCGGAAGACGAAGACUUUUCAAAACUCAUCGACAGCAUCUGCAACUCCAGUGAAGAUUCGCAAAAUUCUGGCUUCACAUCCCUUACGGACAAUGGAGGUCAAGUGGUCAAAAAUGGUAGCAAACUGCGCGAUAAUCGUAAAAUCACCGAUAAUAUUUCCAAAGUUAAACUUUCGCCUCUCAAAGGCAAGAAGGUCUUUAACAGUCCAAGAAAGAAAAAGGUCAACAGUACUACAGCCGAGUGCUACGAUGAAUCUCAAAAGAAGACGCAAGAGGAGCUCGAUUUUGCCCUGGCGCAAAAGUUGCAGGCAGAAUUCGAUUUGCUUCAGGUGGCUUCGAGAACCCGUCGCGGAACCAAGCGUCAAAUCACUUUAGAUGAGCUGUUGACGGCUUAGUAUAGUUUUGUUUUUAACAGUGUACGACGCUGGUUUUCAAUUGACUUUUUCAGUAUUUAGUUGCGUUCCUUUUAUUUAUAUAAAAUAACAGCAGGUAAUGAAACUUUUUAAAAAUAAUAUAGUUGCCGCUCUAUUUAGACCGAGAGAUGUCUAUUAUGAUAAAUCUUUGAAAGUACUCCGCGCCGAAAGAAUUUAGUUUGUAGUGUCACUUAAUGUUUUAUAGAGCAUUCGCUAAAAGCAAAAGCUACAAAAAUAGGGAGAUGGCUAAAAAUUUAAUUGUUUAAACGCAAAUAACUCGAAAAGUAUUGCCCCUUUAUUAGAAUAUUUUUUUUUAUUUUUUGAAAGUAAAAAAAACCUUUAGAACUUAACCUUAAGAAAGUAAUUUUAUACAUCCCUAUGGGUAAGGUGAUCCCUAUGAUCAUGAUAUUCGAGUAAACAAAUUAGCCCUAUUUCUAGUAAACAAAUAUUUUUAUGAAGGAAAAGGUUAUAAAAAAAAACCUAAUAGUAAAACAUAAUCUUUAUGUUAAUAGUCAUAGAUCUUAGGGAAGAGGGGGGUAAAAUGAUCCCCAUAAGAAAAAAAUACUUCAAAAUGGGAAAACAUUUUCUUUAAACUUCAGUUUGAUAGAAUAGGCCUAUAAAAGAGUAAUUUCUCUUAAUAAAACCACACUUUUAACAAAAAAAAAAUUAUUUACUUUUUAAAAAUUUAACAAAAUCAUAAAAGUCGCAAAGGGAUCAUUUUACCCGCGUAUUGGGGGUAAAACGAUCCCUUCUACAAAAAAACUUUUAAAAAAAUACUCUGACAGUAUAAUACCCAGAUAAACUGUAUUUAAAACCUAAGCUUUCUCUGAACUUUUGCUAGUGCUAAAGGAACAUCGGAGCAAUGUUCGCAAAUAAAUUCAUCCUCAUCUUCUUCAACACCCGCACACAAUUCGUGAGCCCAUUCUAAACACUUUUUGCAUUGAAUCCAACCAUCAACUGAUGUAAAAUAUUCUUCACAGCAGUAAAGACAAGUUGGAUUGUUCCGAAUCCGAAGAGUUGGAAAGGCUUUCUUUUAUUUUAUUUCCAUUUUUCGGCGUCUUCUGCUUUAGUGUCUUCUUGUCAUUUCUCUUUUUUGUUUUAAUUGUGUUUUCUUUUACUUCCUUUUUCUUGAUACUUUCUUCAAGCGCAGUUUUGUAUGGCGUGCUGGUCAAGACUGCACUUCCACAAGACUUUCUCUUUCUUGUGUUUCUCUUGCCUUGAAUUUUUGGAAAUGGUUGACAUUCUUGUGGUGUCACUGAAAAAGAUGAAUUUAUUUGUUCAUCUCGUUUUGAGCUGGGCCCAGGCUCAGAAUUCAAGUACGGAUCGUUUGAAUCACUAGCAUCAUUAUCAGAAGCUAUAUUGGAUAUAUCUGUCAAUGGGUUACAUGGAUUGGAACCUGGUGCCACAUCUUCUACAGUUUCAUCAGUCUCACUAGGUAUUUGAUCGGUUACUUCAGCGGCCAAAAAGUCAACGUCUGAAAAAACCUCUGAGUCAAAUGGAAAUAUGCCAGUUUUACGAAACCCGUUUAUCCCAUUUGAUGGUAUGCAAGCCUUUAAGUAGCCUUCGCAAAAUAUUUGACUUAUUUGAAACACCGUCACGGUUCUACCAGGAUGAUGGUUUAACCAUUUUUCCAAUGCUUGGUCUAAAUAAACACUAAGAGGACCCAUAACAGCAACGUCCAACGGCUGCGGCUUGUGAGUACAGUGUGGAGGUAAACACAAGAUGGUUACAAAGUUUUCUCUGGCACAUAAAAUAACAUCGAGAUUUCUUGUGUGCGAUAAAUGUCCAUCUAAUAUAAGUAACACUGGCGCAUCCUUACUCGGCUUGACGAAAGAUACGAAGUGAAUAAACCACUGCUUAAAAACUUCGGUACGCAUCCAACCACUUUCAUUACACGCAAAAAUGGUACCCGGAGGAGCUCCAUCUGUUAGUUCGGCCUUCAUUCGCUUUCUACUAAAAAUAAGCAUCGGUGGGACAAAACUUCCAGCAGCUGAUACACAAACCACCGCUGUUGUCGAAACCCCACGCUCCGCUGAUGUUACCCUUGCCACUUGUUUGGAACCUUUUCGUGCCAAUAUUCUUCGCCCAGGAACAGUAGAAAUCGAAGUCUCGUCUACGUUAAAAAUUCGGUGAGGCGCAUAAUUAUUUUUAGAGUAAAUCUCUUUCAACAAAUUGAAGAACUUUGUCACAACUGGUUUAUUAAAGGCUCUUGCCCUAGCAGCUGACGUCGCUUCAGGACACCUCAAGGAAAUCUCUGGAUGUCUUCUUCUAAAACCGCUUAACCAAUCUUUACCAGCAGCUUUUUCUACAUGAGAAAACUUGUGGGGAAUUUCGUUCUUUUCAGCAAGUUGAUAAGCUAGUUGUCGCAAAUCACGAGUUGUGAGUCCAUACAUCCUGCUUUCCAAAUCUAGGAUAUGAGUUCCUAACUCUUGCUCUUGUUUCGGCGAAAAUACAGGGUGGCAGCUCCCAAGUGACUUUAUCUAGCUUUGCUACCUUAUUUUUGUCCAUUACACGCCGUUUAAGCGACAUUCUUGGUACGUUAAAGAUUCGGGCAGCGGUUUUCAUAGGCAUUCCUUGCUUAACUUCUGCUAUGGCAUUUUUCAUGUGCUCAGCAUCCCAAUUUUGCCUAUUGGUUAUUCGCUUAUAUAUUCGUGGCAUCCUGUAACAAUACGACGUAAAAUGAGUUUGUAAAUAAAAAGUAGGAUUUACAACAAUUUGGUAAGAACUAGGGGGUAAAAUGAUCCCCUUUUUAAAACGGGAUCGUUUUACCCCAAAGUGACAUGCAGUACCAUUUGUUAAAUGAAAAUUAAUUGACAUAUAUUAAUUGAAAACAAAAACCACAAAUCAACUCAGCAUCCCAUCCUUAACAAAACAACGUAAGAAGAAGAUGGAUCAGUCACAUUGUUAAAAGAAUAAAUAAAACAAAACAAAUACCUUACCUUAUAUUAUAAACGUAAAAAACACAAGUUCACGUAGCAAUUGUUGGAUUCAAAUCGGAAAUCGCAAUUCCGAUUGUGGUCUAUUUAUAACCUCUUCGCCUAGAACAUUGUUGCCAAUAUUACGCUUACUUUGCAUAAAAUGGGAACUUUUAAAUUGCGGGAUCAUUUCAACCCGCAGGUAUCAUUUUACCCCUUUCUCCCCUACUAAUUAAUUAAGGAAGGUAAUAAAAAAUAAUGAAGUCAACAGCGAACAUUUUAAAAAUCACAAAACUUAAAUAAUAUCCAGUCUUCUAACUUGUCAUAUGAAGUUCUCUUUUUUUAUUUGACUUUCUUUGAUUUGACCUACUCCUUUGCCUUUCUGUCUUUUUUUGGUUCCGGUCUUUUUCUUAUUUUCCGUUUUCUAAUUUUUUAUUCUCUUUUUCUGUUGUUUUCUUCCUCUAAAUAAUUUUUGUACGGUGUGCUAUUUAAAACAGUCGUAUGGGUAGUUUUCCUUUUCAAUGUGCUUCCUUUGCCCAUAAUUUGUGGCAAUGGUUUUAAUAUAGUAGGUGUAAUGGCAAAGUUUGCGAUAUUAUUAUGGUCAAGUCUCACUGUGGUUGGCUGGACGGCUCGUAGAUGCGUUUGGCGACAGUGAGCUAUAGCGAUUUGGCACUGAUUCAUUUAUUGAUGACGAAGGGGUUUUAUGCGUUCCUAAGUGAUUCCAAAUGUAAUUCAGCAGCCUUGGUGCCGAACAGCCGCUGCGUAUCAGGACUGGAAGAUCUCUCUAACUGAGAUUCUUCUUCACUUAUUAAUUCAGUAUCUGCUGAAUGAUUCAGAACAUCAGCUUAAAGUGAGAUGUGGUAGAAUCUGAAAAAGUAGACUUACUUCCUUUUUUUGACAUGAAUCUUCAUCCCAGGUACAGGAAAUCAUUGACGAUCGCUUUAGAAACAUGCUUGUCAUGCUUGAAGUGAGAAGAGUCACUUUUUAAAAUGAUUUAGGACACCAGUGAGAAGUGAAAUGCGGUUGAAAGUCAAAAAGUGAAGUUUUACACGUUUUUUUUUUACAUGAAUCUUUAUCUCAGGCUCAGGAAUCAUUGACGACACCUUGGCUCUUCUUCCUCCAAUUCAUUUUCUGUAGUUGCAGCCGCAAUAAAAUUAACCUCACUGAAUACUUCUGAAUUCAACGGGAAUAUUCCUGUUUUAGCAAACCCAUUGAUUGCAGUUGUUGAGAUUGCACCUUUUAGGUAAACCUCGCCUUCCUGGGUUAUUGUUUCUUCUUCAGUUGAUCUUCUUCGGAAAAUAAACAUCGGUGUAAUGAAAGUUCCGGAAGCAGACAUGCAAAUAACAGCCGUUGUAGCGACGCUUACUUCUUUUCGUCCAGUUUUUGCAAACACCUUAGUGUUUUUAGUUGGAACUGUACAAACACUCGUCUUAUCGACGUUUUAAAUAUAAUGUGCCGCAAUCUUCCUUGCGUCCUGGACGCUUUUUAACGAAGAAAAAACUUCUCUACGAUAGGUUUGGUAAAUUCAGUGCAUGAAGACAAUAUCUGGAUGUCUCAGUUUUACCUCCUUUUUCUCCUCGAAAUGAAUGGGACAUCUUAUUUUUUUGCAGCUAGUUGAAAUAGUAAAGAUAACAGUUCCUUUUUUGUUAACCCAUACUUUCUUGUCUUCAUGUCUUUAAUAUAAUAGUCCAUGAGCUUGUUUUCUGGUUCUUUGGUAAAAGUAUGUUAUUUUCCUUCUAAAUAUUUUACUGCACCAACAGCUAUUUUAUUACUACUUUGACCCUUCCUUUCAGUUACAUUAGGGGCACUGAAAACUCUUUACUUUCUUUUUCAAUGUCAGUUUUCACAGUAUCAAGAGCUGUCAUUGAUUCCUGUGACCACUCACCUCGAGUGAUUUUCCUUUUGUAAUUAGCGGCAAUACGUUUGUCAAAAAAAGUUGUAUAAACUCAAUGUAAUUAUUGACAUAAAUAAUAGACUACAACAACACAGACAAAAAACAUAUAUCUUUUUUUUUUGACAAAUUUUACGAGCAAGUUUUUUUAAUAACAAAUUUCUUCGAAUCGACCAAUACUUUUCGAGUUAUUCACAUGUAAACAAUUAAAUUGUUUGUAACUUUUUGUGUCUUAUUCUGAUUAAAAAAUAAUUAUCAAAACCUAUUCAUCAUUACAAAAAAUAUAAAAUAAGUUGCUUUUUAGUCAUCGUGCUAAAUUUUGUACCUUUUUCUAUUAGCGACUAUUCAACCUUGUACGUUUUAAAGGUUAUUUUACAAAGGUUGUUUAAAAAUACAGCUUCAUUUAAUUAGGGUUAGUUUUUUCUCAAUUCGGGUGUAUACAUUAAGAUUGGUUUUUUUUGCGACUAUUUUUGUUUCUUCUCUCACGUCUUCAUAUUUUGCAAGAAUUCCAAGAACAAGGUUGUCAUUUAAUUUUUUCUGUAAGUCUUGUUAUUAAUGAUAUAAUGGGCAAAAACCGCGAAUUCUGUGAGAAAAAUAUGUAACACUGUAAUCGCCACUGAACUAUAUAAAUAUUUGAAAAAGUUUGGGUAUAUUUUUUGUUAAACUUCAAGGGCUAAUAUUCGUAGAUAAUUUUUGUGUGAAUUUUUCACACAAAGUUUUAAUACAGGGUCAAGAAAAAAUUAGUCGCAAAAAAAAGCUUCCUAAUCUAAUUCAUGUAAUUGUUAUUGCUUGAUCUAUCAAAGGUUUUUACAUACCUAUAGAUUUGUCCAUUUAUGUACAUUUGAACAUAGUGAGAAUAUAAAAGUUAUUUUCAUAAAAUAGUUAAAUAUACAGUGAGUGAUGCUAUGAAUUCAAUAUUGUUUUUGAAAUAUUCUUAAAUAUGAAGUGAUUUUAUUCUAUAUUGUUGUAUGGUUGUUGCUAAACAUACUUUUCUUAAAUCUUAUUGUUAGUUAUUGUUUUAGUAAAAAUACGACAUAUGGAAAGUUUAUUUCUGCUUUUCCUUGAGACCAGCACCUUUUUCGUGGCAAAGCAGAAAAAUACUAACAAAUGCCUGGGUUCUAGAUGAUAUGGAACUUUAAGCAUUUUUCCCUUCCUUCUUAAAUUACGUACUAUUUCAUACCACUGAAAAACAGGUUUGGUAAAACAAUAAUGACCUCAUAUAUUAAUUUGGAAAUUGUGUUUAAAAUAUUUAUAUGUAGAUAUAUAAAAUAUUACGCAACAAAAUUAUAUAGGUAAUUGUUCUAUGUAAAGGUAAACUUCAAGUUACUAUAAUAAAUCAUUUAAAUUUAAUUAUUACCCAUUGUGUAAAUUGUUUGUACAUUAUUCAUAAUUUAGUGUAAAAAUGUUCAUAUUAUUUUUUGUACACAAAUUAUUUUCUUAAUUAUUAAUAAACUGUCAUAUGUUAUCA